AUAAAUCUUUCAGACAAGCCACUGGUACUAAAGCAAGACUAGAUCAUCUUUAUAGAACUCUACAGAAGUAACAGUACUUGUUCCUAUUAAACCUCUUUUUCUUUUUAAUAGUUUUGGUGUAGUGUAGGCUUUUGUCAUAAACUCAUAGGUGAUGAUGGGUAGUUUGAUUGUUGAUGGGUGGAAAAGUGAGUUAGAGUGUGUAAGAAAAAAGAGAUGAUGGGUUUACAUCAAUGUCAAAGAUUCACAUCAUGUUUUUUUUUUGUUUUUAUUAGAUUCGAUACCACUCUUCUGUAACGUAACUGUAUAUUAAAAGCCUAACUCCAUCAUUGUGAGGAAGAUCAAACAUUAAAAACAGUUUUGUUGCUCUCAGUUGAACAAUGACUAUUCCUCCUACAUUUUCUCUGUUUCACCACAGAUUUAUUACAGGAGACAAACCAGUUCUUACUGUAGACGAUGAGUUCUUGAGGAAGCACACGAAAGUGUUGCUAAUAUCAGACUCGUCAGACAAGAUUUGGAAAGUGAAACUAGACGGAAGCAGGCUCGCCGGCGGCGGCUGGGAAGAGUUCGCCAAAGCUCAUAGUUUCAGAGACGGAGACCUCUUGGUUUUCAGACACGAUGGAGACGAGAUCUUUCAUGUAUCUGUGUCCCCUCGGUCGGAUUCUUGUGACAUAAGUCACCACGCGUCUCCUAGCUUGGUUGAUACUGACGAUGUUGAGACUGAUGAUGACUAUUCUGAAUCUGAUGAUGGAGAAGACGAAUAUGAUGAUGAUGACGAUGGAGGAGAGGAUGACGCAGAUUGUUGUGAUUCAGGGAACAUUAUGGUGAACAAGAACACAAAAGCAGGUUUCUCUUGUAUCCUCAGAGCACGUGUCACACCUUAUAGCCUCAUCAAAGAUCGUUUGGAUCUUUCUAAAGACUUUACGGUUGUGUCGUUUAAUGAGCACAACAAGCCCUGUGAGAUAGAUCUAGUCAAUGAGAAAGGAAGAAAAUGGACACUGCGUCUUUCAAAAAACAGCACAAGUGGUGUGUUUUACAUCAGACAAGGCUGGGUUAACUUCUGCUCCGCUAAUGGGUUAAGUCAAGGUGACAUCUGCAAGUUUAAACUUUCAGAAAAUGGUGAAAGGCCUGUGCUUAGGUUGUGUCCAUCUAGCAAUAGCCAUGAAGAAGAAGAAGAGUGCCUUGAAGCAGAUGCAGUGAAGACUUCUUCUAUAAGAGGCUGCAGCAAAGAGAAGAGAAAGGGAAAGAAGAAGAACAGUCCUUCUCAGUUUUUGACAGUAAAAUUAACACCCAACCGUUUACAGACCGGGCAGCUAUACAUUUCAUCGGUUUUCGUAAAUGAGAGUGGCAUUAAGAAGUCUGGGGAGAUAACUCUGAUGAACAAAGACGGAAGAAAGUGGCCAUCUUAUCUACAGAUGACAGGACAGUGUGGAAGUGAAUGGUUUUAUCUGAGACAUGGCUGGAGAGAGAUGUGCAAAGCUAAUGGAGUUAAAGUAAAUGACUCGUUCGUGUUGGAGUUGAUUUGGGAAGAUGAUAACCCUGUGUUUAAGUUCUGCUCUAAGGCUGAAAACAAGGGAAAUGGAAACGGAAGACUUCGUAAGAAGAGAGCUUGUGAGACUUCGAUAGUAGAAACUGAGAGACGGAAGAGAGGACGCCCUAGGGUUUCAAACACUAACUCAAGUAACUUGCAACGCACGCGACAAGAAUCUUGCUCAGUCUCUGAUCAAGUUGCCAGCGUGAAGCUGAGCAUUCUAGACACUCUGAACACUGUAAGACAGUUCCGAGCAGAUAUUGAAGCAAGGGAAAAGAAUCUGGAAGCUUCAUCACUCGAAGUUGACGCCUUAGGGGAGAGGAUACUGGGAAUCAGCCAGAUUCUCAACAAUAAUCUGGUGUAACUUGUACGUGAAGAGUGGUUUAAAGAAACAAAAGAUUAUCUGCAACCACUUAAUGUAUCCAAUGGUGGUGGUGUUGCGUGUUCCACAAGAACCGCUUCUUUUCUCCAAACUAAAUUAGAUUUCUUUUUCAGUAUUUCAGACUUGCAACUUUCUAGAGACUGCUCAUUUUUUUUGGUGCUUUUGUAGGUUCUUUGUCAUAUCUCUAAGAACUAUCAAUUAUAUAAUGCAUUGCGAGUUGGAACAUUUGGUACUAUGAAUAUGAGUAACGAUGAAUGAGGAACCAAAAAGUUGAAUUUAAAAUGGUCUUUUUAACUAAGAGAAUAAAUCAAGAAACACAAGUCCAAAGUGGUGGUGUUACUACCCAUGUCAUGGAUGUAACAACUGAAACAAGAGCUUGAAGUAACUUUUUUUUUUGAAUGCCGGAGAAGCGAGGAAG